AUGGCUGAUUAUCUACUAGCCGAACGUCCUAGUAAACGUACUUAUUUCGGUUCUACAUCUAACAAUAUGUUUGACGCGGACGAUGAUGAUGAACAGUACUUCGCUUUCAGCAAAGCUGCCGCUGACUCGGGCUUUCCUAUCGCCGGCGUGACUGACGCCUCUUCAAUCUUGCCCAAUAAGGAUGACGAGUCCACUAGUUCUGUGAACUCUAUCGAUGUCGCGUCCAAUUCCUCGGACUGUUCGACAAUUCUCGAUGAUGCUAAAAUAAAUACUUCUAUUAAUAAGGGCACUGGUGCAAAUAUAGACGUCCCCAACCGAACUCGUGCUACUCCUGAACAACUCGCUAUCUUGGAGGAUACUUUUAAGACGAACACCUCUCCAAACAGUAAAGUUCGUGAAGCUUUGGCUGAAAAAGUCAAUAUGUCUGAACGUUCUAUUCAGAUUUGGUUCCAAAAUCGUCGUGCUAAGAUGAAGGCUAUGCAAAAACGUGCUCAUUUAAUGAUUAAUCAAGAUUCUCUUGGUCAUCAUUUUAUGCCAUGUAUACCUGGUUAUGGUCAUGGUUUAUACCCUUUCCGUAUGCCUAUUCAUCAUGCUCAACGUAUAGCUCUUCCUCGUUCUUAUAGUACUAGUGAUCUCACCCCUACUAUUAAUAAUAUUGCUUUGGCUGGAAUGAGACCUCAACCAAAUUCCGGUCUUGGUAUCACCGUUCCUCAAGUUUCUCAAGGUUUUUGGCAGUCUGGUCCUUUAACUGCUCCAAUAACUUCUUUGGGUACUGGUGAUCCUAAUCAUAUGUCUGGUUUUCCUUUCCCCUUCACACCACCUCAAGAAUUCGUUUCUCCGGCUUAUAACAAUAAUACAAUGGUCUCUGUUAUUUCAUGUGAAACGCUUACCAUAGGAACUUGGCGUCGUAUCUUAACCAUGCAAGCUCCUACUGAUCUUUUAUGUUAUUAUGCGAUCCCGCAAAACACUUUUACUUAUCAUAUUACCAAUGAUAAUACUCAAUUCAAAAUGGAAUUUCCGCUCACUGAUAUCACAGCAAUUGAAUAUCGUCUUAUUGAUGAUGUUUAUGCUCAAAUUGCUGUUGAAGUUAAAGAUCCUCCUCAUUUCUAUAUGGAAGCUUCUCAUGGUGGUUGGAAUAUGUGUAAAGAUUUUACCGAAGAUAGACAAGCUACUCGUCACAUGAGGCAUGUGAUGAAAGGUCGUGCCAUUGUUAUGAAACCUCAACUUAUCAAACUUAUGCAAGACGAUCCUCUCUUAGCAAAAGUUGUUACUUUUGUUGAUGAUUCAACUGAUGCUUAUAUUAAAGAUAAUUCUGAUGAUCAACAACAAAAUCCUCCUCGUCGUUCCUCUUAUCCAAGUGGUUCAAUCGCUGAUAAUGUUCAUUUUGGAAAUGAAAAUACUUCCCUUUCCGAUAAAGAGGAUUAUAAAACUAGCACUAAUUUACUUAAACAAAUGGCUCGUAAUCGUCGUUCGAUUUCUCUUCCUUUGUCUCCUUCGGAUGAUCAUAAGAACUCUUUUGUGAACAAUACUAUUCCUCAAAAUUCUUUACAUGUUAAUACUGCCCUUAUGGAUUUGUAUAAAGCCGAAGUUAAUAAUAGUUCUCCCGAAUUCUGUUCUUCACCUAUGGAACUUAACUCUUCUCCGACUACUCCUCUCGAUGUAUUUGAUAAUUCUCCUACCCUAAUGGAUUCAUCUCCUCUUUUGAAUCAAGACCCUUUUGUAUCAUUACCUUCUCAUAAUCCUGGCAGCUUAUCAAUGGACACUUCUAUACAUUCUAAUGAAAUAGCUGCUGCUAUGGUCAGUUUUGCUCCUUCAAUGACUGGUCAUGGUCUACCUAACAUGUCCAACGAUGAAUUUGCAAAUAUAUUUAACACUAUGAGCAGUGGUUCCGAUACUGCUUCCGAU